GCCAAGUCAGCAGGAGCAAAGUCAUAGCGGUUGGGCGUUGAGAGAGACGGACCCGCCUCUUUGAGGUCUUUCUUUGUGGUAUAAACUAUAAAGCGCCUCCUCCUUCAAGAAUAUGCUCUCUCUCCUUCUCCUCUCUCAUUUAUUCCUUUUUCAUCUCUUCUUCUUUCCUACUUUCUUAAAAAAAAAAAAAAAAAAAAACCAUAUAUACAGUAGUACUAGUAGUAUUUAUUACAUUGUUCUACCUUCCUUGUCAGAUCCCAAGUAUCUUACUUUCCCUUUUCUUCAACCCACACAACACAAUCAUGGAGUUUUUCUUUGAGAUGCUUCUCACGGCUCUUCUUGCUCUCUUGUGUUCUUUCCUUCUUGCUAAUCUCGUCUCUUCUGCUGCGGCGGAUAAAGGGAACGAUCCGAGUUCCGAUGAUCAGUCGUCGGAGAAGCCUGAGAUCAUCGGUGUCGGUGAUGAGUUUGUUACAGAGGAGGUUCUUUCUAAUAAGAAGAUGGAUGCUAGAGUGAUGGGGAGCGACAGGAAUCUAUCAGUUGUUGCUGAUGAGAAUGUGGAGCUUGUCGAUCGCUUUGUAAACGGAGCUGAUGGAGUUGCUGAAGUCGAGGAUGCGGCUACGGGAAACGCUGAAACCCGUAAAGACCGCGAAGAGGAACUGGUGGUUUUUUUAACCGCCGAAGCUGAGUCCACGGCGGUUAUUUCGCCGGAAAAUAAUGCGAUCGUCGAGGAGGAGAUGAUGAUUAGUCGUGGAGAGAAGGAAGAAGAGAGCGACUCGGCGGAAGAAAUCGCUGCUGGACGCGAAGAAGCUGACGAGUACAGUGGUUCUGUUUCGCCGGAGGAGAAGAUUGUGCUUCAAGAACGAGAGGAUCGAAGUGAAUCAACAGAAUUAGGAAGAAGUGGUUGCGUAGAAAACGAAGAAAGUGGUGGAGAUGUCGUAGUCGCUGAAGUUGAGGAUGAGGUUAGGGUUGAAGAGACUAAUACGGUGGCAGAGACAGAGAUUGAUACUGAAGGAGCUGAUCAAGAGAAAGAGGAAUUGAGUAUUGAAGAAGACGAUGAUGAUGAUGAUGAUGAUUGGGAAGGAAUUGAGAGGAGUGAACUGGAGAAAUCCUUUGCAGCUGCUGCAAAUCUUUUGCAAAAAUCCGGGAAAUCGGAAGAUAUUGGUGCUGAGUCCAAGAUGGACUUGUACGGACUUCACAAGAUCGCCACUGAAGGGCCUUGCCGAGAGCCACAACCUAUGGCCGUCAUGGUCUCUGCUCGUGCCAAAUGGAAUGCCUGGCAGAAACUUGGAAACAUGAGUCAAGAAGAGGCCAUUGAGCAGUAUCUUGCACUUGUCUCAAAGGAGGUCCCUGGUUUGAUGACUGUAGGGAAGAUGUCAGAAACUGUAACCUCUGUUUGCUUACCUCCUAAUUCAGGGACAUUAGAAGAUCCUACCAACUUAGACACAACUGCUGUUGAUGAAUCCAGAAAAAUGUUUCAGGGGAAAGGUGAAACCAGUGACUAAGUUAAGCAUGCGAGGCUUGAAGGAGGGAGGGUCUUUGGGAAACAAAGGCAAAUCUAUUCUUUUGCAUAUAAGUAUUUUUAGGUGCAACUUGGGUUGUGGAGAGUGUAUGCAUAAUACAUUAUCCUCACCCAAUGGUUUAGGCUUUUCAUUCGAUCCUUUUGGUUGAAGGAGUUGAAAUAAACAAAAGCACUCAAAAGUAUUUUAUAUAUACGUAUAUAUAUGUGCGCAAGGAUUGAUUGAUUUCUAGUGCAUUGAUAAUGCUAAGACCUAUGAUUUAUGAAUCAAGCAAAGGUUGUUCUAUCCU